GAGGGGCCGGCCACGCCUGAGGCCGCCGCGCGUCGCCGUCGGGGAAGCCCCUUCUGGGCGUCGGCUGGCCGACGCGGUGCCAUGAAGCACCCUCGCUGCCUCGAAGAACGACGGGCAGAGUCGCGGACGAGAACCUCAGCAGGACGGACGGGAACAUGCGUGGUGCGGGGGCGGCGGCAGUCCGCAUCGCAGCACGGCGCAGCGCAGCGCCCGGCCAGUCGCAGGAUGCAACCAACGUGCCCAGUGGUGGGUACGUGCAGUCGGCCGCGGAAGCGACAGAGAGGUCCCCGUUGAUCGGCACCCAGAGCAGCUCCUACCUCGAUCACCAUGUACUCGUGCCUGAGGCGGACCCGAGCUUCUUCAGUUUCCGCAAGCUGUGGGCUUUCACGGGGCCUGGAUUUCUUAUCAGCAUUGCGUACCUCGACCCUGGAAACAUCGAAGCAGAUCUCGAGGCGGGGUCUCUAGCCCAGUACAAGCUCCUCUGGGUCGUGCUGUGGUCCUCGGUGGCGGGGCUGCUCCUGCAGCGGCUGGCAGCCCGCCUGGGGACCGUGACGGGGCGGCACAUGGCCGAACACGCGCACGGCCAGUACCCCCGGCCGGUGCGUAUCCUGGUCUGGCUGAUGAUCGAGCUCGCCAUCAUCGGGAACGACAUGCAGGAGGUCAUUGGAACUGCCAUCGCUUUCUACCUGCUCUCCAACCGCAUCAUCAAGGUGUGGCAGGGCGUGCUCAUCACCAUCUUCGACACAUUCACGUUUCUCCUCAUAGAUAAAUACGGAAUGCGGAAACUGGAGCUCUUGUUCGCAACUUUCAUUGGCAUUAUGGCCAUCACUUUCGGUUACGAGUACGUCGUUUCAGCUCCCCCUCAAGGGGAAGUCAUCAAAGGCGUGCUGUUGCCUUUGUGCGAGGGCUGCGGGACCCCGGAACUGCUUCAAGUUAUAUCGAUAAUAGGGGCCAUAAUAGCUCCACACAACCUGUACCUGCACUCGGCUCUAGUCAAGACUCGUGAUAUAGACCAAAACAGACCAGCAGAUGUUCGCGACGCAAACAAGUACUACUUCGUCGAGACCAGUAUCGCAGUCUUCGUCUCUUUCAUCAUAAACUUGUUUGUGGUGUCCGUUUUUGGAGAAGGCCUGUAUCUCAGAACGAACCAGGAAGUGAGAAACGUUUGCCUGGCUAGUGGCAGCACCUACGCAGAUAUAUUUCCGAACAACGGUGAUAUCGUCCAGGCAGACAUGUUCCAAGGCGGCAUUUUCCUCGGCUGCAAGUUUGGUGUCGCGGCCAUGUACAUCUGGGCAGUCGGUCUGUUCGCGGCGGGUCAGUCUAGCACCAUGACUGGCUGCUACUCUGGCCAGUUUGUAAUGGAGGGCUUCCUUCACCUCCAGUGGAGCCGCUGGCGAAGGGUGCUGUUCACCCGGACGCUGGCCAUCGUGCCCACGCUGUGGGUGGCGUACUACAGCCGAGUGGAGGAACUGUCGAUCAUGAACGACACUCUCAACUCGAUCAUGAGCGUCCAAUUACCCUUCGCACUUCUGCCCCUAAUCGCCUUUACAUCCAAUAAACACGUGAUGGGAGAGUUCGUGAACUCUGUGCCUUCCACGCUGCUGGCACUGUUUCUGUCUGCGGGCAUCAUAGCAGCCAACACAUUCUACGUCAUCCAGGCUCUGCCCGGCGGCACGCUGUGGAUAGCCCUGUGCGCAGUGCUGGGCAUUUUCUACGUCAGUCUGGUCGCCUACUUGGCCCUUCACAUGCUGUUCAGCAUGGGCCUUUUCGAGGGACUCAGCAGGAAGGCGUUUGUGAAGAAAUACCUCUUCUAUACGCCCCUGUUUAUGGAAAAUUCUCAACAUCAGCCCACGGAUUCUACGGAGGGCGAGAACACUUGACACGUCUGCGACGCAUCGAACGCACCCCUCAAUGGAGAGGGCCAUUUUCUUUCAUCCCGGGAUGGCCUUCCUGGAAGGCCUUCCUGUUCAAAACAAGACCGGAAAAGAUAUUCAUCUCUGGGCCGAAUGAAUUUAGAAGCAUGCAGUGGAAUUUCAAGAGCGGUAUUUAAAAACGAAUCUAGCGGAUAAGAACGGAACAGCGGUAUUAAAAAAUUUUGAAACUAUUUGAACCCGCCCAACGAACAAGCAGCUUGUAAGCUAAUAUAAACAUCAUGAACUAAAAAAAAUAAAAAAAAAAAUAAACCACAGAG